AUGACGACGUGCCGUCUGCUGUGCGCCCUGUUGGUGCUCACCCUGUGCUGCUGCCCGUCCUUGUGCGUGACAGCGACUGGUGGAGAUCAAGAUAAGCGUGGCCCAAAUUCAUCGCCUGCUUUGCCACAGGGAACAAGUGGCGCAGGACCCGGUGGGUCAAAGUCGCAAAGUACUUCGACGGAGACAAGUUCGACAGGUAUGAACGUUACGUUACCGGGACCCCAAAGUCCGGAAGGUAAAGGACAAGCAUCGGAAACGAGGACCGAUACCGGAAAUCCGGACGGUGAGGAAUCCGCUCCGGCAGGGAACUCAAAUACCGAAGGUACGGAGUCUAUUCCAAAAGCGAAACCAGUUGGGUCCGAUGGGUCAGGGUCGUCAGGUGGGUCCGCUAACCCAGCUGCAGCAUCAAUUUCCGUGACCGCUUCUGUACCGGCACAAGGUCAGAAGGAAAAUGCGCCAACAACAACAACCACUACUACGACAAAAGCACCAACUACCACCACCACUACGACUACGGAGGCGCCAACUACAACGACCACCCGCGCACCGUCACUUCUUCGCGAAAGCGACGGCAGCCUCAGCAGCUCUGCGUGGGUGUGUGCCCCGCUGCUGCUCGCCGUAUCCGCGCUGGCGUACACCACUCUGGGCUGA